AAGGAAUAGGUGUCAUUUUCAUGACACAAGGAGAUUGGUGCCUAAUUCAAUAUACUAAGAUUUUUAACCAUAAGAAUAUAUAAUAAAAGAACACAUGAAGUUCAGCUUAGCCUCUGGAGACUGAACAGGGGUGAGUUUAUUUUAUAGUUUAUUAGUAGAUAGAUCUGUCAGAGAAGUAUAUUAGCAGUUUCUACUAAUUAAACUAAUGAUUUUACAAGUUAUACCAGAAAACGUAGAUCCUUAUCCCAGUAUUGACCUAGGAGAUGCUUGAAAAAGCGUCAGUCUUUACAUAUUCGUUUAUAUAAUAUGACGAAUUCCUCUAGUUAGACUUUUCUCAAGCUAUAACGUCAAAUAUCAGAACUCAAUCCUUGUCAGGUCGACCCUUUUGGUUAGAGAAAAAAUGCACUCGGAAUUUAUGUUAAGUUAGACAAUUUAACUAUGAGGGAAUCAAAAAUAAAUGUGAAACUCUUUUAAAAAGAAACUUUUUCCUUUGAAUUGGGGGGAUCGGAACGGGAUAACGAAAAUCAAAUUCACACCUAUGGAGUGAGAGUCUUCCAUUGAUACUAAUAAACUACUAUAAAUGUUGAUUGUCAAAGUGAAAAUAUAUAAAUGUUACUUGAUCAUGAUUAAGUGAUAAACGUUCAAGUGCAAGACACAUAUUUCAUUCGUUUGCAAGUUUUGGUUGCAUGAACAAAAUUCCAUCUAGAAGUACAUUUUUUCAAUUUCUUGGUUUAUUAUACCAUCACAUAAAAUGCAAAAGGAGAGAAUACUUUGUACAUGACCCCCUCUCUCCCUGUCUCUCUCUCUCUGUGGAAGAAUGUUAGUACUUGAUAAAGAAGGCUCUUUGAAAAAACUAAAAACAAACAUGCCACUAACAACAAGCUUAAAAGAAUAUUAAGAAAUUAAUGGAAACACCUGGGAAGUUGCUUCUUCAUUCAAGUCAAACCUUUUGAUCAUAUCACUUAUAGAAACUUUCCCCAUAAAUUGAGAAAUGUUCAUCUCCCUUAUUUCAACUGAGAGUUUAUCAUUUCCUUCUUAAUUCAGUUUUUCAAAUACAUUUUCAAGUACAAAUUUUCACUACAAAUCUACCAUUAUUUUCCCUCUUGAGGCCAAAAAAUAAAAAAAAAUAAAAAAUAUACCUUUAUUGUGAUAUAUGUUGAUAUGUAUCAUCUAGGCAAGAUUAGUUACUUAACUUUCCCUAUUCAUCUUUUGUUCAUAGUCAUACUUCUCUUGGAAGUAUUUUUGGAUCUUAGAGUGGAUUGUCUAAGUUUCACCUACCCAAGUUUCACCAAAGAAAACGAAAAUGAUUUCAUCACUACUGAUCAUUCCUACAUAGCCUUUAAUGCUAUCCAAGUAACUGGCGAUGCUCGUGGAGCUUCCAUUACAAAUUUGUCUGGAAGAAUAUGGUAUUCACAGCCUUUGAAUCUAUGGAACCGAAAGAAAAACAUCACAACAUCGUUCAAUUCCACGUUCGUGAUUAAUAUCAAACCUGAAAGUGAUCCAUCAGGUGAAGAAUUGGCUUUCAUAUUGACUAAAGAAAGUGGUCCUGACUCCAUCCCAAAUAAUAGUUAUGGACAAUGGCUUGGAAUUGUGAAUGCAAGUACAAAUGGAUCUUCAACAAGCAACAUAUUUGCAGUUGAAUUCGACACAAGGAAAAGUUACCUUGAUGAUCUUGAUGAUAAUCAUGUUGGCAUUGACAUAAACAGCAUCAACCCUGUCAAUCAAGUUUCUUUAACUGAUCGCGGUGUUAACCUUUCACGAGCUAUUGAUGUGAUAGCAAGUGUCCGGUACGAUGGAGAAUCAAAGAUCUUGAAGGUUUAUACAUUCAUGACUAAUCAAACAGGAGACAAUGAGAGAAAUCCCAUCAUUUCCAUGCCUCUUGAUCUUUCUAGUUUUCUAUCCGAGGAUGUUUUAGUGGGAUUUUCAGCCUCAACUGGGAUAUAUAAUCAGCUGAACUGCAUAAAGGCAUGGAAUUUUACAAGCACAGAAAUUGGGAAUGAUCAUAAAGUUAGCCUAUUAUGGUUGUGGAUCUUGAUACCAAUAAUAUCAGUUCUGGUUAUUUUCUUAGGAGGGGUUUGCUUAUAUUUCAUCUCAAGGAAAAAAAAGGAGAGGAUGCAAGUGUUAGACCAAGAUGAGAAUAUAGAGAUUCAGAUUCAGAAUUCAGCUAAUGCACCUCAGAGAUUCCAGCUGAAGGACUUGAAACGAGCGACCGGGAACUUUGAUCCCAAGAAUAUUCUUGGAAGAGGAGGAUGUGGAGUAGUAUUCAAAGGGUUAUUAGCUGAUCAUAAUAAAGAGGUGGCUGUGAAGAAAUUCUUUAAAGAUUCAAGUCAAGGAGCAAAAGAUCUCAUAGCAGAAGUCACAACCAUUGGCAAUCUCCAUCAUAAGAACCUUGUCAAAUUGAUAGGAUGGUGCUAUGAAAGCAAUGAACUCCUAGUGGUUUAUGAGUUCAUGCCAAAUGGAAGCUUAGACAGGUUGAUAUUUUGCGAAGAAAAAGGAGAAAUCAGAGGAAGGUUGAGACUUAACUGGGAAAGAAGGCAUGGCAUCAUCUGUGGCAUAGCUCAAGCACUGGAUUAUCUGCAUAAUGGCUGUCAGAAAAGAGUACUUCACAGAGAUAUAAAAGCUAGCAACAUCAUGCUCGAUUCAGAGUUCAAUGCUCAGUUGGGAGAUUUCGGAUUGGCUAGGACAGUUCAAGUGAACGGAAAAACUCACCAUUCGACGAAAGAGAUUGCUGGAACUAUAGGCUAUAUGGCUCCAGAGAGUUUCCAUAUAGGCCGAGCCACGGUUGAAACAGACGUCUUUGCAUUUGGAGUGCUCGUUCUUGAAGUUGCUUGUGGUCGAAAACCUGGAAAACAAAACGAGGAGAAUGGUUAUAGUAACAGAGUUAUUGAAUGUGUAUGGGACAUGUACAAGAUUGGAAGGAUCAUUGAUGCAAUAGAUGUUAAAUUGGAAAGAGAGUUUGAUGAAGAACAAGCUGAAUGUGUGUUGAUAUUGGGAUUGGCUUGUUGCCAUCCAAAUCCUUAUGAAAGGCCAAGUAUGAAAACUGCUUUGCAGAUUCUUACAGGGGAAUCAGUUCUGCCAAAUAUUCCUACUGAGAGACCUGCAUUUGUAUGGCCAGUUAGAGCUCAGUCGACUAACAAAGCUGCAGGUGAUUCUCUACAGGAAGGCCAACUUACACAAAUUACAGUUCUCAGUGGCAGAUAACAAGGUUCACAAAAACAAUUCCUCAUUAUCAAACUUAAAUGCUUUGUCAAAGUAGCAACUCUUUAGGAGGCAAAACAUACUUAUGCAAGGCAAGAAUGAGUGUUUUUUACUACUUUUCUUCAUAGUGUUUUUCUGCAUUGUAAAUAAUUUGCAACACCAAAUUCCUCUCCACCCUCUGUUUGGCGUCAUUUUGUGCAACAACUUCUCUAUUUUAGGAGUGAAAGUGCUUUUUCUUUAUUUUGUUACACAA